AUGGGCUCUAAUAGACGCACUUGUGGCAAACCAAAAGGUGGUGGUGAUGCUGAAGAUGACGGCGACUGUGACGGCGGGGAAAGCGGAGGAGCAACGCGGGGAUCGAAGUCUUUACCUCUUUCUGUGAUUCCCAAGAGCUCGUCAUCCAAGGCCGUGCAGCCCAGGAAACUGCCUCCGCUUGCAAUGGGCCCACCUUGCCAAUUGUUGGCUUGGCCUGCAAAACAGAAACGUAUAGCGGGGGUAUCUAGGGCCCCUCUUGCACUGCAGCUGGAGGCUUUUAUUAGGAGAGAGCAUCAGCUGUACCUUCACGAGCACCGUCAGUGUACACAUGCCGAUACACUGCACAUUGUGAGAGAGGCAUUUUCGGUUUUAACUGAACAUUUUAUGGAAUACAGAGGUGUCCUUUCGUUUAUUCGAGAGGAAUACGAAGCCACGGUUGACGAAGCAACAAAUGAGCUAAGACGCUUACGAACGCUUAAUCUUGAAGCUGAGAGCGACCGUAGUUUUUAUGUAAUGGAGCUCAUGAGGCAACGUGAAGGCUUUACCACAGUUAUUAGUAAUCAACAGGCGCAGCUACAGGCCAAUCAGGGACUGAUUCUCUCCUUGCGAGAUCAGGUGGCAACACUUGAGAAAUCUAACAGCGAGUUGGUUACUGAAUUGAGAGUUAAGGGGAAAGAGUUGGAGGAGAUGACGACGACGUCGAAACUCUUGGCAAACAGUAUGAUCGAAGAGGCGGCACGUAAUUCACAGAUCUUGCAAGUUCACAGGUCUGAUGAACGGGAGUUGGGUCGGCUGAAUGCCCAAGUAAAUUUGCUAAAAGAGAAACUGGAUGAGUCGGAUAAGCGUUUUAAUGCGCUUUUGCGGCAGGUGAUGUUUGAGAAUCCGGUGCUGACAAGAAGGGACGAAUCUAAUGGAGAAAAUUUUAAUGAGGCCCAAUUGCCAUUAAAUAGUGAGGCCAAAAAGGAUACAAAGGAGACGGAUCAGUCGGUUGUUGCUCUUCAACGUCGUAUUGACGACUUGCUUUUGGCUUACGAGCAGUUGAAACAACAGACGACGGGAUCCAAAGUUUCUUCUACGACGGAGUAUGGUGAGGUUUUGAGAAGCGGGGAGAGCUCAUGCCCUCCGCAGGAUUCAGGGGUGAUUGUUAUGGAUCAUGUGAACUCUUCUAGUAAACUUAUUCGAUCAUGGUUACGGGAGGAAAAUCUGACCGAGAGGGAAGUUGAUGCCAUGGACUACCUGCUUCCUCCAGGGAAAUGCGAAGAGGAUCCACUAUCCUUCUUGAAGAUAUGCCAUCCUGUUCGUAACCUUCGCAUGAAAAAGAGGAUUGUGAUAAGUAUGCUUCGUGAAUUUUGGUCAUCUCGUCAGACUAACCUUCAUUUUUCGUUGAAAUCCUAUUUUAUGGAGUGGCUGCGCAAAAAAGUAGGACCAGGGAAGGUUGCAGAGGAAGUUGGAUUGAAUAUUUUUUCUGUGUGUCAAAGGAACUUUGACGAUCCCGAAUGCCGCGCCGCGUUGUUAACUUUUCGUUCAUUUCUACCAGAGGAUGUGGUUUUGACUUGGCAAAAGGACAUCAAGGGUUUGGAAAAUGCGUGCCGUGCAUCCCCCCGCGUUGUGAAUGAUACCAUUCAAACAGCGCUUGUUGAAAAUGCCAUAAGGGUAAUCAUGCCCGAGAAGAGUUAUGUGCAUAUGUUAGAGCUUCGGUUGUAUCUUUGGCGUGUGAGUAAGGGCUUGGAAAAGGUACCAGUAGACAUGCUUUUUAAUGAAAGUAGUCAUUUUACUUACAUACUGAGGAAACAAUUUCUCUAUGAAGUAGAGGAAUUUACGCUGCAAGUUGUUGAGGCCAUCCGAUCGCUAUCGGAGGACUCAACAACUGUAAGUCUGCAGGAUAUAACGGGGGCCAUCAGCAAUUUGGACAGGGGUAUUCCUAGAGGGACGCUGCACCGACUCGUGGCGGAGGCAACCCAGCUGACGGCGAUGGAUGUUGCGACAGCGGAUGCAAACUUUCGAGUGAGGCUCCAAACAGUUUUGCAUCGUUUCCGCAGUUCCGUACUGCUUCGGAGAGCAACACCCCCCUUGGGUGAUGAUCCCACGUUUGGUCGCCGGAAGAGCAAUGGUGAUGAUGAUGGUAUGAGGUUUAUUCCGCCUCGGGCUGAUAGUGUCAAUUAA